UCGGCGUGACCGAUCUCUGGAUUUUAAUCUGCUGCUGCUCGACGAGCUCAUCGCCGAGCUGCGUCGUGGGCUGCUGCAACGAGCUGCGUGGGAGCUUGCGCGGCUUAUCGUCAUCAACGCCAUCGCGGGCUCCUACAGCGAGAAUUUGCCGGUGAUUUGCAUCGUUGGAGGCCCCAAUUCGAAUGAGUAUGGGAGCAAUCGAGUUGUUCAUCACACGACUGGAGUCGCGGAUUUUACUCAGGAGCUCGCAUGCUUCAAGCAAGACCUGUGCUCAGGUGGUUGUCAAGGACCUGGAGGAUGCUCACGAGUUGAUCGACUGCGCCAUAUUUACGUGCCUCUGGCGGAAGUUGGCGGCAAGGAGAACUCUGGUGCAAAGCUCCGAGUUAAUGUGCUCUUCCAGGUCUAGACUCUCUCGUCGAGGUUUCAACAUUUCAUUUUCUGAAAUUCCUUCUUUCUUUUCUACAGGGCAUGCUGUCAAAGGAUACGGGUGAUUCUCGGUUUAAUUGUCAAAAGCUGAAACUUCCGGAUGGUUGCGGGUAGGCCGAGGCGAAUGCCCUUCAAUGCACCGCCAGAAGAUUCUGAAGGUUGUCUUGGGUGCAUUCAAUCGAUUUGGUAAUAGAUGACUUGCAUUGACCCCUCCUCACUUGCUGGAUCUACAAACCCUAGAACGACACUAACAUUCA